AUGGUUGCCACUUCGGUUGUUGUUCUCUUGCUUAUGCAAGUCAGCGGAGCCGCUGUACAAUCAUGCCUUUUUCUUCCUAACGUCCACCUGGUCGGGGGUACUGUAGAUGAAUUUCCUGCUGAUGAAAUCACCGCCUGUUGUGUUGCCUGCUCCAACAGCCCAUGCUGCAUUGCCUAUACUUUUGAUUCUGUUAGAAAGAGGUGUUCAAUCGAAAAUUGUCCAAAACACGAAAAAAAUUCCAGGUGUUUCAUUAAGACUUCCAUUGGACACUCACUGGAAGACUACACGAUGACCAGUGGACUCAAGCAAACCUCUCGUAAAGGAUUCUUGGGAGUCACCUUGAAGAAUACCAAAAUUGUCGGUGACAAUAGCAACCGUCUUCAAUUGAGGUCUGAGGAGGAAUGCAGGCAAUAUUGCCAGGCUUAUCAAGUGUUCUCUUAUGGACCACAGAACGAGGAUGGAGAACCAAGAUCCGGAGAAUGUGCUUGCACAAUGCGUAUCAAGUCCAUCAGUUAUCAUUAUGGAAGCACCGCCGAGAUUAACCCAUCUCAAGGAUAA